AUGCCUAAAAAACGUUCUUCAGGUAGAAAUACUAAAACUCCUAUUAACCUAGGUGAUUAUGUGCUAAAUAAUAAGAAUAAUAACAAUAAUAAGUCGAUUAAUGACUAUAUUGAUAAUAAGAAGGAAGAUGAUGUCACUGUGUUGAAGAAGAAUAUAGAAUUGGAGGCUGAAUUUGGCAAUAGUGGUGAUAAACAUAAGGAUUUGGUCAAUAACAUGGAGGAGGGAGAAGAUGUGGCAGGUGUUACUAAGAUGAAUGAGGUAGCUCCUUCUGUAAGUAAUUCUGGUAGCCCUAUUCCUGAACAUGUUACUGGAGAGAUUAGUGCUAAUCAAAGUAUGAAUAAGUCUAUGAAUGUUUCAUUUGCUAAUAUUGUUAAAAAUAAAAGUAGUGAAGUUGAGAAAAACUUGUUCUAUGUCGCCACUGAGGUGAAUGAUAAAGGUGAGGAGGUUGUUAUCUUUGAAGAAGAAUUGGUUAUGGAAGGUUGUGAGAAAUGGAAACUAACUGCUUGUGGUUUCUUUUUGGGAUGUAAUAUGUCUAUGAAUGAAAUGAGGUAUAACCUUAGAAGAAUGUGGGGAAAGUUUGGGUUGGGAGAAAUUUUGAAGGAUAAUAAUGAAAUCUGUUACUUUAAGUUCAAAAACAGGGAGGGUAUGAACUAUGUGGUUGAGCAGAGCCCUUGGAUGGUGAAUGGGAAGCCACUAGUAGUUCAGGAAUGGAAUCCUGAUGUGAAUAUUGAGAGAGCUGAACCUAAUAGGCUGCCUAUUUGGGUCAAGCUUAGUAAUGUCCCUUUGGAAGCUUGGAGUUUGAGGGGUAUUAGUACAUUGGCUAGUAGACUUGGAAAACCCUUAAUGAUGGACAAUAUGACUGCAUCUAUGUGUCACUCUGGGACUGGAAGAGCUGGUUUUACAAGGGUUUUGAUUGAAAUAGAGGCAGGAAAAGAAAUGUUGGAUAAAAUAGAAGUUGUUGAUAAGGAUGAGUUGAAGAAUAUUAAGAGGACUAAAUAUGUUACUGUGGACUAUGCUUGGAGGCCUGUUGUGUGUAAGCAUUGUAAUGUGUUUGGACACAAUGAUGAAAAGUGUGCAAAAAAUAAGCACAUUAUAGUUGGAAAACAGACAGAAGCACUUGAUGGCAAGGGGAAUAAGGAGAAAACUAAGGUGCAAUAUAAGAAGGUAGUGCCACUGAAUGGUGCUUCAAGUAGUAGUGGUAAUAUUCUCUCUCCUGGUAAAGGGGUUAGCACUGCUAAUAAGUAUGGUGUGUUGAAUAAUGAAAAUGAAGGGAAUGGAUAUAAUGAGGAAUUGGAUUAUUUGGAGAAAGCAAAGGUGGACUGGUAUAUUAAGUGUAAUAAACAACCUACUGCUGCAGAAUCUAAGGAGUGGUCAAGUUCUAUGCUUCAAUUGGUUGUAUGGAAUAUUAGAGGAAUGAAUAAUGUUGUUAAGCAGAAUGAGGCUUUGCAGAUUAUGAAGAAUGAGAGAGCACAUGUGUGUGCUUUCAUAGAAAUUCAUCUUAAAAUGAAUUCUGUUAAUAAGGUUAGUAAUAAAGUAUUUAGGAAUUGGGACUGGGUUUCUAAUGUCCAACAUAGUCCUUCUAGUUGUAGGAUUGUGUUGGGCUGGAAUUCAGAUAUGGUUAGACUAAUGGUUAUUGAGAAAUCUAAACAAGUUAUAUUUUGUGUUAUUGAGAUUAUACCUACUAGACAAAGAUUCUUUUGUAGUGUAGUUUAUGCUAGUAAUAGUGGGACUGAAAGAAGAGAUUUGUGGAAAGAGUUGGAGCAACAGAAUUGUUUUGUGAAUAGGCAGCCCAGGGUAAUUUUAGGUGAUUUUAAUGUCAUUAAGGAUGUGUCAGAACAAUCUAUGGGGGGAUCCAGUAGGACUGCUGAUAUGCAAGAAUAUGUGGAUACAAUCAAUAAGAUUCAAGUUGAUGAUUUAAAUAGCAGUGGGUUUUAUUACACUUGGACUAAAUCUUUGAGGAACAAAAAGUGUAUUGUUCUUAAAAAACUUGAUAGAAUUAUGGUAAAUGAAGAAUUUUUAAGUAGAUUUUUGAGAGCCCAUGGGACUUUUUUGCCAUAUUAUAUUUCAGAUCAUAGUCCUGCUGUUUUAAAUAUCAAAGAGGGACUCCCUAAAAAGAAUAAAUCUUUCAGAUUUUCAAAUUUUGUUGCUGAUAAGAAAGAGUUUUUAGAUUUGGUUAAGCAGGAGUGGAAUGGAGGUGUGCAGGGGUGCUAUAUGUACAAAUUGGUACAAAAUUUGAAGAGAUUAAAGAAGCCGUUGAAGAAUUUAAGUUGGAAUAAAGGAAAUAUUUUUGAUAAAGUCAAGGUGUUAAGAGAGGAGUUGGUUAAAAACCAACAAGUUAUGAAUGAUCAACCUCAUGAUGAGCAGAUAAAAAGGAAGGCUAGUGAUUCUUUAAAUGAGUAUAUCUCUAUUGUUAGUGAUGAGAUGAAAUUGCUACAGCAGAAAGCUAAUAUCAAAUGGCUGCAGGAAGGUGAUAAGAAUACUGCAUUCUUUCAUAGCAUUUUGAGAUCCAGAAGGAAUAAGAGUAGAGUUGAAAGCAUUAAGGAUGACACUGGUAAUAUAUAUGAAGGGGAAGAGGUUUCUAAGCAAUUUUUAAAGCAUUUUGAGAAUUUUUUGGGGAAGGUUGACCAUGUUGAGCAGUUGAUGGAUGAUUUAUUCAUAGAUGUGCUGAAUGAAGAUGAAGCUAAUGCAAUGAUUAAACCUGUGACUAACAAUGAAAUAAAGGAGGCCAUGUUUAGUAUGGAUAGUAACAAAUCACCUGGGCCUGAUGGUGCUAAGGUUUGUUUGGCUGUGCAGGAGUUUUUCAGUAAUGGAAAAUUACUUGGAGAGGUCAAUGCUACACUUAUUGCACUUAUUCCUAAGAGUGCCUUUGUGCCUGGGAGGCAUAUCCAGGAUAACAUUCUGAUAGCUCAAGAACUGUUAAGAGGGUAUAAUAGGAAGAGUGGGCCUAAGAGGUGUGCAAUGCAAAUUGACAUUCAAAAGGAGUUCCACUACUUGCUAAGAAAUUGGGGACUGCCUAGCACUGUUUUUAAGGAAUUAGAGAAACUGUUGAAAGGUUUCUUAUGGAAUAGGGGUGAUUCUACUGUAGGCAAGGCCAAGGUUGCAUGGAAGAAUGUUUGUAAACCUAAGGAACAAGGUGGGUUAGAUAUAAAAGAUAUGAGAAAGUGGAAUGAUGUAUUGCUUGUUAGGCAAUUUUGGAAGAUUAUAGAGAAUGGAAAUUCUCUUUGGGCUAAAUGGGUUAAUGUUGUCAAGUUAAAAAGUAUGAGUAUAUGGGAGAUUGAAGCAGAUAAAUAUGAUAGCUGGGGUUGGAAAACAAUGCUGGGAAUAAGGGAGUUGGUGAAGCAACAUGUUCUGUAUAAGAUUGGAAAUGGAAGAAGAAUUUCAAUGUGGAAUGAUAAAUGGAGUAUUGAUGGUCCACUGAAUCAGGUCAUUACCAAAAGAGUGUUGUAUGAUGCCAAAUUGGAGGCUGAUACUAAAAUAGCAGAUAUGAUUAAUAAUGGAAAAUGGAAUUGGCCUGAAGAAUGGGAAGAAAGAUUUGGAAUUCCGAGGAAUAUUGCCACUCCUGUUUUGCAGUUGGAUAAAGAGGACAGAAUUGUGUGGGUUUCUAAAAAUAAUCAACAUAUGGAGUUUUCUACUAAGCAGGCUUGGCUGGAUUUAAGGGACAAUUGGCCAAUUGUUGAAUGGAAAGAUGUGGGGAAACUAAUGACUCAAGAUAGGGUUAGUAAAUGGCAGAAUAUUGAGAGCUUGCAGUGUCCAUUGUGCAAGUUUGGAACUGAUAAUCAUGAUCAUUUAUUUUUCAAAUGCAAGUAUUCUGAAGGUAUUUGGUCUAAUCUUAGAAAUUUAGGGUGGCGAUUGGGUGAUAACUCUGAUUUGCAGGAGUUAAUUCAUGAAAUUUCUGGUCUGAAAGAAAGGAAUAACAUUGGAGUUGUGGUUAACAAGCUCAUUUUGGCAGCUGCAGUGAAGACCUUGAAUGUGAUCAAUGUAGGUGUUAAAUGGGAACUGAGAUGGUUUAAUAGCAGGUUUGAGGCUAUAUGA